AUGACGUCCGAAUCGAACAAGCCUACAGGUGAAACUGUACCUUCUGCUCUAAUCGCACAAGCUGAAGCUGCCAUUUAUGGCAAUAUCGAGGAUGAAGACCUAUCACAACAUGAGAGAAGACAUUCUAGGCAUCAGGAGGAGACAGCGAGGCCUUCUGUGGAUAAUCUUCCUACAUCGUCUACCCAUCAUCCUUUACAUUUAGAUGUCCCAAAUGCUGAGUCUCAUUAUGACUCUACAGAACCUCCCCCCGCAUAUGGAAACAAGCAUAACGAACUAGAGCUCAGUCAAGAUGGAUUUGACACCCGGGCCAAGGUCUCGGACGAUGGUCGAAUCAAUAUAAAUAUCAAUCAGAAAACUCGCAAAUUGUCUGACCUCCUUAUUCCUGCCCUACGAAACCAGCUCUCUAUUAAUGCACAGGAAGAUGCGAUUCCACUACCCCCAGGAUAUAUACCACUUGCACUGGGAGGAUUGCCUGGUCAGACUCCACCACCAAAACUAAAUGUGGUUAUACACGUCGUUGGCUCUCGGGGAGAUGUACAGCCAUUCGUUGCUUUGGGCAAAACUUUAAAAUCUACAUAUGGACAUCGUGUGCGUCUAGCAACACAUCCAACGUUCAAAGGGUUUGUCGAGGAAAAUGGAUUGGAAUUUUUUAGCAUUGGUGGCGAUCCCUCUGAACUGAUGGCGUUCAUGGUAAAGAACCCAGGUCUGAUGCCUGGUAUUGAUUCGUUGAAAAGCGGUGAUGUUGGUAAAAGAAGAAAGGGUAUGGAAGAAAUUGUCCUAGGUUGUUGGAGAUCGUGUAUCGAAGCUGGAGAUGGUUUAGGUUCGGCUCCUAUUACAUCUGGAUCGCCAUCAUCUCUGGGUCUCGGAUCUGGUAUCAAUAUGGAUACUAAUCCAUCGGAUAAGCCGUUCGUUGCGGAUGCGAUUAUCGCUAACCCUCCAAGUUUUGCUCAUGUACAUAUUGCGGAAAAAUUGGGUAUACCAUUACAUAUGAUGUUCACGAUGCCAUGGUCGCCCACUCAGUCUUUUCCUCAUCCAUUGGCAAAUAUUCAAUCGUCUAAUGCGGACGUGAAUAUGACUAACUUCAUUUCUUAUGCACUUGUCGAAAUGAUGACUUGGCAAGGACUUGGGGAUGUAAUUAAUCGAUUCAGAGAAAGGGCUCUUGGCCUUGACCCCAUUAGUCUAAUUUGGGCACCUGGAAUGUUAAGUCGCCUUCGUGUUCCAUAUACUUAUUGCUGGUCACCAGCACUCAUCCCAAAACCAAAAGAUUGGGGAAAGCAUAUCUCGAUAUCUGGAUUUUAUUUCCUUUCUUUAGCGUCCUCAUAUACCCCUGAACCUGAUUUAGCAGCUUUUCUCGCUGAUGGUCCACCACCUGUUUAUAUUGGAUUUGGAUCUAUUGUCGUUGAGGAUCCUAAUGCGAUGACUAGUCUCAUAUUUGAAGCAGUCAAGAAAACUGGUGUCCGAGCUUUAGUUUCCAAAGGAUGGGGAGGUCUUGGUGGCGAUGCACUUGAUGUACCUGAGGGGAUUUUCAUGUUGGGUAAUGUUCCACACGAUUGGCUUUUCCAACACGUAUCUUGCGUGGUCCAUCAUGGCGGUGCUGGAACCACUGCUGCUGGUAUCGCUACAGGAAAGCCUACUGUGGUCGUACCAUUUUUCGGCGAUCAACCGUUCUGGGGAGCCAUGACCGCUAGAGCUGGAGCUGGUCCAUUACCAAUUCCUUAUAAACAACUUACUGCUGAUAAACUUGCCGCAGCUAUUACUGAUGCUCUCAAACCUGAAACUUUGGCGAAGGCACAAGAGCUAGGAGCUAGAAUCAAGGAGGAAAAAGGCACUGAAGAGGGUGGGAAAAGCUUUCAUGAUCAUCUAGAUGUUGACAAUUUGAGAUGUUCGCUGGCACCACAUAGAGUGGCAGUCUGGAGAGUGAAGCGUACUCAGACUAAACUUAGUGCUUUGGCGGCGAAUGUUCUUGCUAGUGAGAAUCUCAUCAGCUUUGCAGAUUUGAAAUUAUAUCGUUCAAAAGAAUAUGAGACUGAUGAUGGUCCAUGGGAUCCAAUAUCUGGAGGAGCAACUGCACUUCUAGGGACUAUUGCGAGUCUCAGUAUGGGUGUAGCAGAUUUUCCUAUAGAAAUUUUCAGGAAGGUGAAGAGGGAAAAGGAUGCUCAUGCUGCUGCCAAAGCAUCCUCAAACUCUGCUUCUGCUACACCGAAAUCUUCGGUGCAGAAUCGAUCUCAAGAUCAUAUGCUGUUAGAUGAAAAAUCGCUCAGAUCAGUAGACGCUAGUCUGCUGCAAGCAUCGGAAUCAUCAGCAAAAACUUCUUAUGAGAGCACUCAACGGUCUUUGGAUGAUAUACCUACUCCUUUAACACCAACUACUACUCAGAGCUCCAUGUCACAUACAACGAGCCCUGUUGUCAAGCAUACAAAUUCGAUGCGGCAAGUACUGCGGGGUGGCAUGGAAUCUUGUCAUAGUCGCCAUAAUUCAGGCAGCGAAACUCCUAAGGAAUUUGAUCCUUCUAAGUUGACUAUUGAAAAUGCUAUAGGAGCCGGGAAGGGUAUUUCGCGUAUUGUGGGUGCGGGCUUGAAGUCACCUAUGGAUUUCACACUAGGUUUGGCACGAGGAUUUCACAACGCACCUAAAUUAUAUGGUGAUGAUACGGUUAGGCCUCAAGAAAAGGUAACCGAUUUUCAGAGUGGAUUAAAGGCGGCUGGAAAGGAAUUUGGUUAUGGAAUGUUUGAUGGAAUUACUGGUCUGGUUACACAGCCUUUACGUGGUGCAGAGAAGGAAGGGGCUGCUGGAUUGAUCAAAGGCAUAGGAAAAGGUAUUGCUGGGGUAGUUCUCAAACCGGGAGCUGCUAUAUGGGGACUUCCUGGUUACACAUUUAUGGGUAUUCAUAAAGAAGUACGGAAACUUUUCGGUUCAAGCGCACUUAAUUAUAUCAUCGCAGCCAGAACAGCUCAAGGGUUUGAAGACGCCCAGGAAUGCAGUAUAGAAGAACGUCUAGACAUAAUCAAGCGUUGGAAUGAACACAAGGGGGAAUAUCAAAAUGCUAGGCAGAGAGUUCAUGAUAAAGGUCCUGCUGGUCAGGAGACUGGACACCUUUCACCACGAGGCUUCUUCCAAACAAGACAUCUCACUUUUGAUGAAAGAAAAAAGCUUCAUGAGGAACGAAAAGCCAAGCGUGAUGAGGAAAAUAAGAAAGGUGGCAAUAACCUAUAUACGCGUCACCAAUCAGGACUUUGCCGAAGAUCAACACCUUAUAAUGAUUCGUCUCAGGAGGUCCAGGAUUCAACAGUUAUUAACAUUGAUCCUCCUACUAAUCAUGCCAGCGGGAACACACAUCCAGAUUUCGAAGAAGCAAUUCAAGCAUCAGUAGCGGCUACUUCGCGUGGUAACAUAGAAGAAGACCUUAUGAUUGAGCGGGCUAUUCGAGCAAGUGUGGCGGAACUUCAGGGUGGUCAGAGUGCAGGGUUGAGCGAUCAGGAGGUUAUGGAUCGGGCGAUUAGGGCUAGUGUUUUGGCUAGUCAGGAGCAGGAGGGGAGUGGUGGGAGGAGGGAGGAAGAUAGGGAACAUGAGGUACAGCUUGCGAGGGCGAUCCAGGAGAGUUUGAGGGAGUAUAGGAUUGGUGGUGUGAGGGAGGAUGGUGGUGGUGUGGGUGUGGGUGCUGGUGUGGGUAGAUGCGCAAUGAAGAGAGCGAAGAAGAUGAAGAUUUCAAGAGAGCUCUAA